UCACUUCUCUCUUUAACUCCAAUAAAAACAAUAAUGGAUCUUCUUGUUAUGCUCUCCUCUCUUCUCAUCUCCUAUCUCAUCUUCAAGAUCUGGAAACACAUAGACUCCAAGAGAGAUCAGAACUGCUACAUCUUGGACUACCAAUGUCACAAACCUUCCGAUGAUCGUAUGGUGAGCACUCAAUUCAGCGGUGAUAUUAUCCUUCGAAACAAACACCUUCGUCUCAACGAGUACAAGUUCCUCCUCAAAGCCAUCGUUAGUUCCGGUAUUGGAGAGCAAACUUACGCCCCAAGGCUCUUCUUCGAGGGCCGUGAACAGCGUCCUACGCUACAAGAUGGGAUCUCGGAGAUGGAAGAGUUUUACAUAGACACAAUUGAGAAAGUCCUUGAGAGAAACAAAAUCUCACCUUCGGAGAUUGACAUCCUCGUAGUCAACGUCUCAAUGCUCAAUUCAACGCCUUCACUAUCUGCAAGAAUCAUUAAACAUUACAAAAUGAGAGAGGACAUAAAAGUCUUCAACUUGACCGCGAUGGGAUGCAGCGCGAGUGUUAUCUCCAUAGAUAUUGUCAAAAACAUCUUCAAAACAUACAAGAACAAGCUUGCUCUUGUCGUGACCUCCGAGUCACUUAGUCCUAACUGGUACAGCGGAAACAACCGGUCCAUGAUCCUUGCCAACUGCUUGUUCCGCUCCGGUGGCUGCGCUGUUCUCUUGACGAACAAGCGAAGUCUGAGCAGGAGAGCUAUGUUCAAGCUAAGGUGUUUGGUAAGAACGCACCAUGGAGCCAGAGACGAUUCAUACAACGCUUGUGUCCAAAAAGAAGACGAGCUAGGCCAUAUCGGUGUCCACUUAGACAAGACUCUUCCAAAAGCGGCGACUCGUGCUUUCAUUGACAACCUCAAAGUCAUCACUCCCAAGAUUCUUCCCGUAACCGAGCUCUUAAGGUUUAUGUUGUGCCUUCUUCUCAAGAAGCUUCGUAGCAACCCUAGCAAAGGCUCAACGAACGUGACUCAGGCAGCUCCAAAGGCAGGGAUAAAAGCAGGGAUUAACUUCAAGACCGGUAUUGACCAUUUCUGCAUUCACACUGGAGGUAAAGCGGUUAUAGACGCAAUCGGUUACAGCCUCGACUUAAACGAGUACGAUCUAGAACCGGCGAGGAUGACGCUACACCGGUUUGGGAACACGUCAGCGAGUAGCUUGUGGUAUGUUUUGGGAUAUAUGGAGGCAAAGAAGAGGCUGAAGAGAGGAGAUAGAGUGUUCAUGAUCAGCUUUGGGGCAGGUUUCAAGUGCAAUAGUUGCGUUUGGGAAGUUGUGAGAGAUCUCAAUGUUGGAGAAUCUCUAGGGAAUGUGUGGAAUCAUUGCAUUGAUCAGUACCCACCAAAAUCGAUUUUGAAUCCAUUUUUUGAGAAGUAUGGUUGGAUCCAUGAAGAAGAAGAUCCUGAUACUUUCAAGAUGCCUGAAGGAUUUAUGUGAAGUUUUCUUGGAAUCAUUAAUGUAAACAUAUACAGCUACUUCAAAAAACUGCAAAUCCCACA